AUUGCCUAGAGGGAAAAUCUACUGCAUACUUCAUAUUAAAUUGAAAAGUGCUUUAGUCCUCGAGAGUUUUUCAUUGUCCGUAAUAGCAAAUGAUAUUGUUAACAGUUGGCAAAUGCAAACCUCUCGGAUAUAGACUGGCGGAUGCUGAGUUGAGCAUAUCAUUGCACCAUAGCAGCCAGUGGCACGUCGUGCAUGUGACCAUCCCUACAAACGCUGAUCUUUACACACUUAGAGAAUCUGUGUAAGAACACAAUAAGUGCUACUAACGCAACUGGGUUCACCGCUUUGGUGGUAAAGCAAGCAAAGCAAGACAUGCUUCUCAUGCCUCUCAAGCUCUUUAGCCCUCUCAAUAACCUAACCUUGAUUUUGGACCCUCGACCUGGAAACUCAACAUCCGAAGCUCUAGCCAUUAUGUAAACACUCAAUAUCAUUCUUUGCGUCAGAUAUGCAUAUCAAGGUAAUGAUGCAAAGUAUGACGAAAAGCUCAGUCUUUUGAUUUUUGCGGUGAUGAAUGAUUGUUUACAGGAUGACCAUCUGGACGAGGAGGAUGAUUUUUUUAUGCUCACCGGCAAGCCCGACAAGAGUGCAAAGGAAGUUCUUCUCUGGUGGAAGAUGCUUGCCACCAGAUCGCGGGAGUCUCUCCUAGAACAACGCUAAGUAUAUGAUGAAGCUUUGAAGUUGGAACCGUUUAAUGGGAAAGUUUGAUUGAUAUUUCCUUUUGAUAGAAAAUAUGAGAUAUGGCUUCACAUGUUCAGAUUGAGUCACUGCAAUUUCGGGUCAAAGUAUGCUUGUGAGAAAGAAUCUUCCUUCAAACGCCAAGGUUCAACAGGUUUCUGCCAAAGUGGAGAACGGUGUGUUGACAGGAAAGGUCCCCAAGACCGAAGAGUCCAAGAAGAAACCAGAAGUUUGAAACUUGUAGAUCACCCGCUAGAGCUCCAAAUACCCCAGGCAGUUGGCGUAUAAUUUUUGAUUUCGAUAUACAAUAUAUCAAAAUUGUAAAUUAUACGUCAUUUUAAAUAUGGGGAGUGGCUAGUUAUUCUUCACUUUGGACUAAUUAACCUUCACUCUAGUAUACGGUUGGCGAACAUUUGUAAAUCCUUAUAAGUGUAAGUGGUGUUGCAUUGAUGGCGGUUAACAUCACUAAGAGUGGUUGUUCCAAUCAAAACUAUAUUAUAUGAUUCAAUAAGAAGAGUAUAUCCUCGCGCGUCUGGUUUUUUUAUGGAUCCAUUCAUACACCCGCCUGUCAUUGGAUUCUUGUUCAUACAUCCGUGGAUUGUUCAUUCUGCUCUCUACUCUUCUCUAUCAGAUUGUUCAUUCUGCUCUCUACUCUUCUCUAUCAGAAACUUGGGUGGCUCUUCGAUGUAUAUAUUCCCUUGCGCAAGUUCAGACCAAAGCUUGGGCUGUCACGAAGAGCAGGAGAGCUGGAUGACAAGAGCCCCCGUCCGCUGUAUGGUGCGAUUUGCAGGUGCAAACGGGAUCACACAUGGAGUAUUUGUAUGGCCAGCGAACAAGCCCUUGGAGAGUCUUUCGAUACGGCAGGUGCUAUCACAUCAAGGACUAUACCAGCAAUGAAGUUAACUAGGUUAAGGAGAUUCAUAGAUGAACCAUCAAUGUAGCAGCAUUGAAAUCUAUAAGGAUCAAGGAAUGACUGCACACGAUAUACUAAGACAAAGAUGGUGCCAACAUUCAAGAAGUUCCAUCCUCCUGAAGUUAGCGCCGCUAAAUGUUCUGGUGGUAGUCGAGAUCUGUUCCCACGAACCUUAAGACUUGCAAAUAAAGUAAUUGACCACUUCUGUGCGGAUAUCAUCAUAUUAUUUGUACUUUGACCAUUGGCGGAAGGCAAAGAGUUUGUUGAGAGCCUUCUCUCUGCAUUGACUAGGGGUGUGGGUUAUUGUCACUACGUACAUGUUAUAAUUUUGUGACAGGUACUGCAAAGUUUGAGUUCUGACAAGAAUGAAGACACCAAUUUGAGAGAGUUAUUACAUUCCUUAAUCUAGAUAUAAAUAGUACUGGUUACAGACAAUCCUGCAGGCUAGAACAACCCCGACCGUAUGCUGGGGGUUGACGACAUACGAUGACCGCCGUGACGGUGUCAACGUUCAUCAGUCCAGCGCUUAACAUGUAGUCAA